UCACAUGCGACUUUGUUGGGGGUAAAUACUGAAUUUAACUUUAAAAGUUGUAGGAUAAUGUUAUAGAAGAGGGUGAUCGAAUUCGACGAGUUGCAGUGUUGAGCAGCAAUGGUUUUACACUCUCUAUGCCUCUCUCCCUGUCCUUCCAACAACAACCUUAUUCUUCCCAACAACAACAACCUUAUCUUCAGGAACAACAACAACAACAAUAACACUUCUAAGGUAGUAAUCCUUAACCAAAACAAAUCCGACCAAAAAAGAGACUUUUCAACUUCUUCUCUAAAACCCACUUCACAAACCAGAAGAGAUUUGAUGCUGUUAGGCCUCACUUCACUAUCUCUAACAUGCCUUCCAUUGUCUGCAACUCAUGCUGGAGAAGAAGAAGACCCCAAAAUGGCUUCCUUUACAGAUGAAGUCAAUGCCUAUUCUUAUCUUUACCCUGUUGAGCUUCCUUCUAAAAAAUUUGUCUUCAAAUGGGUAGAAUCCCGAAAGCCAGAACGAUAUUCAUCAGCCGCACCACUUUCUCCUAAUGCACGGCUGCGAAUUGUGUCUGAACGUGUUGAUAUCUUUGACAACCUCAUCAUUUCCGUCACGAUAGGCCCUCCAAAUGCAAGCCUUAUAAACUUGAAGGAUAAGAGCAAAUGGACUGCAAAAGAUGUCGCUGAUUCAGUUUUAGCUGAUAAAUCUUCACUGCGAGUUACUUCAACCGAGCGCUCUGCUGAGAGUUCAGUCCUCGACGCACAUACCGAUGAAAUUGAUGGUGAACCUUAUUGGUACUAUGAAUACCUUAUCCGAAAAUCGCCUAAUACAAUGUCUGAAGAAUCAGGAAUUUACCGGCAUUAUCUAGCUUCAACAGCAGAAAGAGAUGGUUAUCUGUACUCGAUCAGCGCUUCAACCCUCAGCCCGCAAUGGAAAAAAAUGGGGCCAUUAUUUCAACAGACAGUGAGUUCGUUCCGCCUUGUCAGUCCAACGGAAAAUUAUGUUCCUCCUUUCAAAGAUCCCUGGAGAUUUUGGUGAAAACUCAAAUUUUGUUCUUAUUGUAUUCAUGUAUUAACCUUUGCGGGGUGGAAAAAAUUCAUGUAAACAUAUUAUGUUCUUUGAAGACCGAGAUUUUGAAUGACAUCUCUUAUUCAUCGAGUUAUUUCAGUAAUUUCCA